AAAGCACUGUUCAUGCAGUAAAGAUAUAUUCAUUCAUUUUAGAGGAUAAAGGGACACAAAUCUUUCUCAUUACUAAAACACUAAAACAGAAGAGUCAACAUAUUUAUCUUGGUUUUCACAAGAAUAUUAAACAGCAACACGCGUUAGAGGAACAAACAAUUUAUGUGGAGCAGAAUGAUGAUCACAAUUUUUACUCUAGCAUCGUUAUUUGCCUGUACUUAUGGGCAUGGAAGACUUAUUUUACCUCCCGGUAGAUCCACCAUGUGGCGGCUUGGAUAUAACACUCCUAAGAAUUAUAACGACAACCAAGUUUCAUGUGGCGGCUUUUACAAACAAUGGACUUUAAACAAAGGAAAGUGUGGACUAUGUGGUGAUCCCUGGGACGAAAAACGUGAGAACGAGGCUGGAGGAAAAUAUGCGACUGGCACUAUAGCAGGAAAUUAUAGUGCCGGAAACACAAUGGAAGUGAAACUAGAAAUAACAGCUUCUCAUAAAGGUUUUCACGAAUUUCGUAUUUGUCCUGUUAAUAACCCGAGUGUCCGCGCCACUCAAUCAUGCUUUGAUGCACAUAUACUCCAGCAACCAAACGGGCAAACAAAAUUUGAUGAGCCUGGCGCUGUUGGGACAUAUGCAGUAACACUUGUUCUUCCUCGAGAUGUAUCAUGUACACAAUGUGUGCUACAAUGGAUAUGGAAUACAGGUAAUUCGUACGGCUGUGAUAAAGAUAACAACUGUUGUAUUGGAUGCGGUCCCCAGGAACAGUUUUAUGGAUGCGCCGACAUAGCUAUUUCUCCUGCAUCAGGAUAUUCUGCUACCGACAACUUUAACCAUGCAACUUCCUACCACGUCCAAAAUUUCUCUUGGUGUUUAAUUUACAUACUUGUCAUCCAGAUACUGAUUAAUAAUGUGUAUCUUUGAACAGAAAUUCACUUUAGCACACCUUGUAAAACAUUGAUACUCAUACGAAUUUGAUAUUCCAAAACAAAUUAUUUUUAUUAUUACAUGUGUAUAUCGAUUUAUCUGUAAUGUUGACUACGUUCGUUUUUGUGUGUGUUUUGUAAUAAAAUCUGAAGCACAUCAUUCAAUAUUUGAUGGCAUAACUUAUUUCG